UUGGAGGAACAAAGGGAGCUUUUAGAGAUGGUCUCUGCCUUCCUGGAAUUUACACAAAGAAAGGAAGAAAGCUCGGAGUUAGUUUUGCAUAUUUUAGUGCCCAACAAUGACCGUUGAUUUUUUCUUGUUGUUAGACAAGCCUGGCAACCUAGCACUAUUUCAUCUCUCUCCCUGAGUUUACCAGAACCUAAUGCUGAAUUGGAAAAUGUUAUUUGCUUUAACGAAACAAUUUACUGUUGUGCAACAUUAAGUUGUGUCAAUCAAGUAAACAAAGGAAGAAAGCCCUAUUUAUAAAAUUGCCUGCUUCUGAUUUUACUUCACUGCUACUCUGGCUCCAAGAAAGGAAGAAAAUGAAGCUUUUUGUGCUUGGUAUUUUUCUGUUUUUAUAUAGUACUCCAGCCUGGACAAGAGAUAAGCAUUAUUAUAUUGGAAUUAAGGAGAGAUCAUGGAAUUAUGCCCCUGACAACGAGAAAAAGGAACUUAUUUCAGUUGACAAAGACCAGUACAAUUUCUAUCUUGAAAGUGGCCCAGACAGAAUUGGAAGAAAAUACAAUAAAGCCAUUUAUUAUCAGUACACGGAUGGAACCUAUACUACACUUAUAGAUAAACCAGAUUGGCUAGGGUUUUUAGGCCCUAUUAUCAAAGCUGAAACUGGAGAUAAAGUUUAUGUACAUUUAAAAAACUUUGCCUCUAGACCUUAUACUUUUCAUGCCCAUGGAUUAACCUACUACAAGGAGCAUGAGGGGGCCAUCUACCCUGAUAAUACCACGGAUUUUCAUAAGGCAGAUGACAAAGUGCUUCCAGGACAGCUGUAUACAUACAUAAUGAGUGCCGAUUAUCAACAGAGUCCUGGUGAGGGAGACAGCAACUGUGUGACUCGGAUUUACCAUUCCCACAUUGAUGCCCCAAAAGAUAUCGCUUCAGGACUCAUUGGACCUUUAAUAAUCUGUAAAAAAGGUUCUCUAGAUUCGGAAAAAGAAAAAAAUAUUGAUCAAGAAUUUGUGGUAAUGUUUUCUGUGGUGGAUGAAAAUCUCAGCUGGUACAUAGAAGACAACAUUGACAACUACUGCUCUGACCCAGAGAAAGUUGACAAGGAAAAUGAAGACUUCCAAGAGAGUAACAGGAUGUACUCUGUGAAUGGAUAUGCCUUUGGAAGUCUUCCAGGGCUCUCCAUGUGUGCAGAAGACAGAGUGAAAUGGUAUCUUUUUGGCAUGGGGAAUGAAGUUGAUGUGCAUGCAGCCUUCUUUCAUGGACAAACAUUGAUUAACAAGAACUACCGUAUUGAUACAAUCAAUCUGUUUCCUGCCACUCUUUCUGAUGCUUUUAUGGUGGCCCAGAACCCUGGAAUAUGGAUGCUUAGCUGUCAGAAUCUAAACCAUCUGAAAGCUGGUCUUCAGGCCUUUUUCCAGGUUCAAGACUGUGAGAAGUCCUCGUCAAAGAAUGAUAUCCUUGAGGGAAAUGUUAGACACUACUACAUUGCUGCUGAGGAGAUCAUCUGGAACUAUGCACCCUCUGGAACAGACAUUUUCACCAAUAAAAGCUUAGCAGCUCCUGAAAGUGACUCAGCAGUAUUUUUUGAACAAGGUCCUACAAGAAUUGGUGGUACUUAUAAAAAGUUGGUUUAUCGUGAAUACACAGAUGACUCCUUCACAAAACAAAAGGAAAGAGGCCCUGAUGAGGAACAUCUUGGUAUUCUGGGUCCUGUCAUAUGGGCAGAAGUGGGAGACACUAUCAAAGUCACCUUUCAUAACAAAGUACCAUAUCUCCUCAGUAUUGAACCCAUUGGGGUGAGAUUCAGCAAGGCCAAUGAAGGCGUUUACUAUACCCCAAGUUUCCGCCCCUCAAAAGGAAGUGUGCGUUCUUCAUCCUCCUAUGUGACACCCCAGGGAAAGUUUACCUACGAAUGGACUGUCCCUGAAGCAGUGGGACCCACUUACGCUGACCCCGUGUGUCUUCCUGGGAUGUACUAUUCUGCUGUGGAUCCCACCAAAAAUAUAUUCACUGGGCUUAUUGGGCCAAUGAAAAUAUGCAAGAAAGGGAGUUUGCAUGAAAAUGGAAGACAGAAAGAUGUGGACAAGGAGUUCUAUUUGUUUCCUACAGUAUUUGAUGAGAAUGAGAGUUUACUCCUGGAUGAUAAUAUUAGAAUGUUUACAACCGCACCCGAUCAAGUGGAUAAGGAGGAUCCAGACUUUCAGGAAUCUAACAAGAUGCACUCCAUGAAUGGAUUCAUGUACGGAAACCAGCCUGGUCUCACAAUGUGCCGAGGAGAUACGGUUGUGUGGUAUUUGUUCAGUGCUGGAAAUGAGGCUGAUUUACACGGGAUCUACUUUUCAGGAAACACGUAUCUGUUAAGAGGAGAAACAAGAGACACAGCAAAUCUCUUCCCUCAAACAAGACUGAGUCUCCUCAUGAACCCUGACACAGAAGGGACUUUUGAUGUUGAGUGCCUUACAACGGAUCACUACAAGGGUGGCAUGAAACAAAAAUACACUGUGAACCGAUGCAAGCGGCCUGAGGAUUCCCCUCCCUGCCUGGGAGAAAGGACCUACUACAUUGCAGCAGUCGAGGUGGAAUGGGAUUAUUCACCACACCGGGAAUGGGAGAAGGAGCUGCAUCAUUUACAGGAGCGAAAUGUUUCAAAUGCAUUUUUGGACAAGGGCGAGUUUUACAUAGGCUCAAAGUACAAGAAAGCUGUGUAUCGGCAAUAUACCGACAACACGUUCUCGGUGCCGGUGGAGAGGAAGGCUGAAGAGGAGCACCUGGGAAUUCUAGGUCCACAACUUCAUGCAGAUGUUGGAGACAAAGUUAAAAUUGUCUUUAAAAACAUGGCAACAAGGCCCUACUCCAUACAUGCCCAUGGGGUGAAAACAGACGAUCCUAAAGUUCCUGAAACACUACCAGGUGAAACUCGCACUUAUAUAUGGCAAAUCCCAGAAAGAUCUGGUGCUGGACCACAGGAUUUGGCCUGUAUCCCGUGGGUUUACUAUUCAACUGUGGAUCAAGUGAAGGAUCUCUACAGUGGAUUGAUUGGCCCACUGAUUGUAUGUCGGAAGCCUUACAUGAAAGUAUUCAAUCCCAAAAAGAAAUUGGAAUUUUCUCUUCUGUUUCUAGUAUUUGAUGAGAAUGAAUCUUGGUACUUAGAUGACAACAUCAAAACAUACUCUAAGAAUCCCAAGAGAGUAAACAAAGAAAACGAAGAAUUCAUAGAAAGCAAUAAAAUGCAUGCUAUCAAUGGAAGACUGUUUGGAAACGUAGAAGGCCUCACAAUGCAUGUGGGGGACGAGGUCUACUGGUAUCUGCUAGGCAUGGGCAAUGAAGUGGACUUGCAUACUGUGCAUUUUCACGGCCACAGCUUCCAGUACAAGCACAGAGGCAUUUAUAGCUCUGAUGUCUUUGACAUUUUUCCUGGAAAAUUCCAAACCCUUGAAAUGGUUCCGAAAACACCUGGAAUUUGGUUACUCCACUGCCAUGUAACUGACCACAUUCACGCUGGGAUGGAAACCAUCUACACCGUUCUGCCAGGCGAAGAGAUCAAGUAUUGAUGAAAGAAAUUGGUGAUAAGUGGGAAAAAAAGACAAAACAAUGGUUCAUAACAAAUGUGUGUGACAGUGCUGAAUGGAAAAUUUACUGUGGAAUGGCUAUAAAUAUUAAAAACAAAAGACUGGAAACACAUCUCUGUGCACUUAAGGGGGAAUGCCAUUAUUUUUUGUAGAUGGAAAUAUAAUAAACUAUACAUGGAAAACGACUAUAUAAUAGGAAACACAAUUGACUCAUACAGACCACUGAUACUGCCACUCUUAGGACACCAGAAAACUACAUUAAAAACAAAUCUAUGACCAGAUAUCCUGAUGGUAUUCAAAGGGUCACUAUUUAUUAAAAUGUGUCCAACCAUCAUCUUCCCAUCAAGACCUCCAACAUCUUACUGAAUACCUAAGGAGCCAGUGGGCAUGGGGGUGAAAUAAACAUAAAACAAAAAUACAUCAAUCCGAGCUUUGAACCCUUGAAAACAUGGUCAAAAUGACUGUAUCUGAAAACUGGAGAAAGGCAGAGAUUAAGAAACAAUGCUUGUAUAUUAUAUUCCGGUUAAAAAAAUUAAUAAAAUAAUAAGAGGUUGCUACCAGAAAAAAGACCAAACUAUUGUAUCAGACACCAGGCAAUUUGAAGUUUUCCCCCACCUUUAACUGGAUUCAACAGACAUAUUACUGAGCUCAACUUGGACUCAAAAUUGUUUAACAAGAAGUCGAAAAAGAAGACAUUGUGGAUGUCAUGAUAUAGUUUUUUAUUUUCACAUUUACUCUAGCUGAAAGACCAAGAAUACAUAUCAGCAAAAAUGGCAACAAAGUUUUGGGUGAGAAACAUACGGCACUCAAUGAUUCACAGGAACCAGCUUCAUUGCAUUCAGAGAGAAACACAGUAUGAGUUUUAAAAGUUACAAGAAAAUAAUGUUUAAAUCUUUUAUUGUAACAAAACAUUUACAUCUUUCUCAAAGAGAAUCAUUUAAGAAGAAAAGUAACCCAGUAGAGAAAUCCGGAAAAUUCAAGAAGAUUCUAGACACGUGGAGAAGUUUUCUCAUAGUGUUCCCGGGAUGAAAAUGCCUGUUACGUCCUCAAACAAGUCGCUGGUCUUCCUUGGAAUAAAAGUCAGUGUCUACCUUUACAAACAGCAUUUCUUUGAGGAAGUCUUCCACCGUGAAGCUUUUUUACAUUCUGUACAAUUAAGUGGGUUCAGGAUAUAAUUAAGAAAUCAAUAGUUCCUACCACUUGGUAAAAUAAGCAUCUUGAAUUCAUCUCUUAAAAAAUAAAAUCAUAGACUUGUUUUUUUUUUUAAUCUGGCGCUGAAUUUUUAAAAAUUCAGUUUCAUAUGCUCUUGUGGCAUUUUUCAAAUUACACCUUCAUGCCAACGAUUUCUUUCGACUACAAUAAAGAAGAUAAGGCAAGAAAAAUGCUGCAGUGCCAUCUUCUGGGAGAACGUUCAAGAAAUCUCUUAAUUCUAGGUCCACAGCAACAACUGACAAUGUUUCUGUUUAUGGGAAAGAAAACCUGGAUUAGAACCGAAUAUUUGAUUUUCAUUUUAGCCCAUCAAUUAAGAGCUAAUUCAGACAAUAAAGUGUUAGAACAAAGAAAAAAACAAGCCUCUUCAAUCCACAGAUUAUGUUUUAAUAGCUUAAUGUAUCUUUUCUAGAAUCCUGUAAAAUCUAUUGUAUUAUAGGAGUUGCUAUUUCACUGCUAGAUUACGACAUUACUUUUCAACAGACUUCUAUUCUCUAAAGAAAAAUAUACUCAUUUGAAUACAUUUUAGUGUUAGAGGGCUAUUCUGUACUAACAUACAGACUGUUUGCUAGUCCGGGAAAAACCAUAAGCUAUUAGGUAACACUUUCAAAAACUGGUUCUGUUUAUUAUGAAAUUUUCAUAUUAUUAAACACAAAUCUAUUUUCAUGACUAUUACCUUUUAUUCUAAACUGCAAAGGUGUGCUAAUAAUCAUUUUCAAUGUUAAGGAAAUUUUUCUAGCAUUUUUGUAAAGAUAAUGUUAUUUUAUGAUUCUAUUACUCCUUAAUAGAUACAUGCUCUCCCAAAAAGAGUGACACCUACGUACAACUUUCCCAAUAAACGUGCAUGUGAUCUUACACCUGUAUCCACACCUCA